AUGCCUAAGAAGAAAAAGAAAGUGAAGCAGGUCGAGCCUGAACCUUCUGUGGCUGUUGAGGGUGGUGAGCCAAUCAAGAAGAAAAAGAAAAAAACCAAGCCUUCAAAAGAACAAGGUGACAAUCAACCUAUUGACGUCCAACCACCUUCGACCGAUAUUGACGGCACUGAAGUAGAGGCUACUCCUUCUAUUGCUGAGAUGGGCAACCCUGUCGAUCAACCGGACUCACCACAAGAACAACCUGCCGUCGAGGUACAACAAAAUGUUUCUGUAGAAGAAAUACCCUCACAUGCUCGAACAUCUCCCGCUCCUGAGACGGAUGCAGUGAAUGUUGAGGAACAGGGUGAAGGUCAAGGCAUUGGAUCCAGCAGUCCUCAUGGAUCGAGUCAGAAAAGUUCAUCCGAAGAAAACUUUUCCGAUGAAGAGGCCAUAAAAGAGGCUGAAGCUGGAGGUUCGGACAUUUACCCGGCGUCUUCAACAUCUAAGCUUUCCGCUAGCAUAGGGAUUGCAGAAGAUACAUUCAUUCAAAUGCAAGACGAAGACCCUGCUGCAGCCCUUCGACUCCUGCUGAACACAAGUCAAGCCAACACCUCAAGUGAAAAGAUUCCUGGCGCUUCGUCCUCAUCUGAUGCCGAAAUAAACUCUUCAGUACGCCAAGAUUCUCUGCUCUUGAAGUUAUCCAUGGAAUACGCACGGGAAGAUGUGCUUAAAUCCAUUGAAGAGAACCCCUCUGCUGCCUUUGGGCACCUGAACUUUUUGAAGAAAUUGCACAACCCCCUUACCUCUGAUGAGAUUCUAGGCAAAGUUAUCCAAAUCGAGGCCAUCAUUGACCAAUUUGCAAGUACUGUGCAGAAAAAACGCGAAAAUGGCGCCAGACUGGAUGCCCAGAAACAGGCACAUAUCCUUCUGCUCGAGAAAGCCCGAGCUGCUCAACAUGAAGUCGAACGUCUCACCAAAGAGGCGAAAGAAGGAUCUUCUGAGAUCAAAGCCUGUGAUGAUAACAUCUCCUCCUGGGAGGCAACUAUUACGAAUUUGCUGUCUCAGGUCGAUGAUCUAAGGCAGAAAAUUGUAACAGAGCAGGCCAAACGCAAAGAACUCCAGGAGAAGGCCGCUAAUUCGAUUCAGAAACUGGUUGCUGAAAAAGGGAGGGAAGGCCUGAAGGCCUUUAGCGCAUCUCAAGCUGUAGCAGAUGAGGCAAGGGUUAUGGAGAGUGCUGACCAGGUCUUAACUAAAGAGAUGACCACCUUGAAAAAGCUGUAUGAGGAUUUGGUCAUGACUUAG